AUGUGCUGCAUCAACACUGGAUUGGCACACGAAAAAUCAUACUACACAAAGAGCAGACCAUAUGUUCACAAGCAGAAGAAAAUCACCAAGCUCCACUUCUACUUCCAUGAGACUCGCAAUGUCCAAAACGCCACUGCAGUCAUUGUAGCCAAACCCGCCACCAACGACACUUCACCUUCCCAAUUUGGCACUGUUUUCGUCAUAGAUGAUCCUCUAACCAUCGAUGCCGACCCGUCCUCAGAAGUGAUUGGGAAGGCAAAAGGCAUGUAUGUAUAUGCUGGCCAAGAUAGAACAAUGCUGGUAAUGUAUGCUGAUUUUGGUUUUAUUAAGGGGAAGUUUAAUGGAAGCUCUAUCAGUGUGAUGUCGAGGAAUUCGAUUUUGGACACGGAACGUGAUGUUGCAGUGGUUGGAGGUACAGGGAAGUUCAGGAUGGCUAAAGGGUUUGCGCAGCUUAAGACCUAUUUAGGGAAAAUAGUUCAUGUUGGUACCCUUGUUGAGUAUACCAUCACAUUGGUUCAUUAUUAA